AGAUAUACAGAGCUACUACAUACCUAGGUUAGUAGGUAUGUACUAGUUAUAAGAUAACCUAUUGGUGCUUUGUUCUAUUGUAAGGUUGCUACUACGUAGCAGUUGUUCCGCUCGCCAAUCCGGAAAGCGGAAAACGUCGGGGAUCGGCUGAGAGGUUGCAAGACGUCUCGUUACUUGCCCGUUGUUGGAUCUAAUCCGUAUACUUAUUUAAUAGCUGAGCAUUUCCCCGGUCUAACCUUCACCUCCCCUUUGACUCUUAUUUGUUCUGAUCCUUCAACAAAAAAAUACUUUGGGACUGAACACACAAGACUGUCUUUCACUCUCUUGUGUGUCGCUUAUCAGUCGACCUUUUCUUUUUUUUGUUCGAUUCCGUUCAUUAUCAGAAACAUAACUAUCGAAAGAAGAAAGGUUCAGUACAACACCAUGGAGAAGGAGGGCGUGGUACAGAGGUCGACUAGGUCGACGACCUCGUCACCUUCGGGCGACAAGGACAAGAUGUCGUAUAACGAUAUGGACCUCGAGGGAUCGCGCAUCCGCGGUAUCGAAACGUCGGCGGAGACGUCGCUUCAUCGCGGUCUUAAAGCUCGUCACAUUACUAUGAUUGCUAUCGGUGGUGCUAUUGGAACAGGUCUCAUCAUCGGAACCGGUAAAGCUCUCGCGCAAGCCGGUCCGGGCUCUAUCUUCAUCUCGUACACUCUCGUCGGUGGGAUCGUCUACCUGGUCAUGACCGCCCUUGGCGAGAUGGCUGCUUGGCUCCCCAUGUCUGCUGGUUUCACUGGUUACGCUUCUCGGUUCUGCGACCCUUCGCUUGGUUUUGCGCUCGGCUGGACCUACUGGAUAAAAUACAUCAUCGUCACGCCUAAUCAGCUCACAGCCGCGGCUCUGGUUAUACAGUUCUGGCUACCUCGAGAACAAGUCAACCCGGGUGUUUGGAUUGCUAUAUUCCUCGUCGCUAUUAUUUUUAUCAAUUAUUUCGGUAUCCAAUUCUUUGGUGAAUUCGAGUUCUGGCUGUCGAGUUUCAAGGUCAUCGUCAUCCUCGGCGUUAUCCUUCUAUCUCUCAUCAUUGCUUGCGGCGGCGCAGACGGUGACCCGAGGGGAUUCCGGUACUGGAGCGAUCCUGGUGCUUUCGUUCCUUACAUCGGGACAGGCUCCUGGGGUCAGUUCCUUGGAUUCUGGUCCACUAUGGUCACUGCUACUUUUGCUUAUCUGAGUACUGAGUUGGUCGGUGUGACUGUCGGCGAGGCCCAGAACCCGCGCAAGACUAUCCCUCGCGCCAUCAAACUCACUUUCUACCGAAUUGUCGUCUUCUACUGUGUCAGCAUUCUUCUGAUCGGCAUGUGCGUGCCCUACAAUGCUAAGGAACUUGUCUUCGCCGUCAACCCGGAUAAGGACCCCAACAAGAAGGCCGGUGCCAAUACCUCUAACGCCAGCGCCUCUCCGUUCGUCGUCGCCAUCAAACUCGCUCAUAUCCCGGCCCUCGACCACAUCCUCAACGCCUGCAUCCUCCUAUUCGUCUUCUCCGCCGCCAACUCCGAUCUGUACAUUGCCAGCCGAACCCUCUACGGUCUGUCCUCGGACGGCGCAGCCCCUUCCAUCUUCCGAAGAACCAACGCCAAGGGUGUACCUCUAUACACCCUCUUUACCUCGGCGGCGUUCGGCCUCCUCGCUUUCCUGAACGUUUCGGACGACUCCAAGCAGGUCUUCACCUACUUCGUCAACCUGACCACCAUCUUCGGCCUCCUGACGUGGAUCUCGAUUCUCGUCACGCACAUCUGGUUCGUACGGGCUCGCCGCGCGCAGAACCUGACCAACGCCAUGAUGCCGUACUCGGCGCCGCUGGGCGUGUGGGGCUCGUACGUGGCGCUGUUCAUGUGCAUCCUCAUCGCGCUUACCAAGAACUACGACGUGUUCACGGGCGACUGGAACACCAAGUACGCCACCUUUAUCACGGGCUACCUGGGCAUCCCCAUCUACCUCCUCCUCAUCUUCGGACACAAGCUCUGGACCAAGAGCAAGGGCGUCCGCCCUCACGAGUGCGACUUCUACACGGGCAAGGACAUCAUCGACCGCGAGGAAGAGGAGUUCCUCGCGGCCGAGGAGGCUAAGCGCGCGGCGGCGCCCGAGGGUAGGGAGGGCCUGGCGCGCUUCUACAGGCGCUUUGUUUCUUGGCUGUUCUAGAGGGACGGGGCGCUUUGUUGUUGUUGUUGUGGUUGGGGUUGGGGUUGGGUACUUGGGUGGGAGCAUGGGAGCGGGAGCGGGAGGGUCGUAUUGCUUGUCAUACCCUUUGAAAAGAUACCUAUUUCUGUCUGUAUAAUGUACAUAGCUAUGUUUGCGUUGUGUUGCGCUACGGUGCGCUCGAACGCUGUGGUAUAACGAAGGGAAUUUAAUUUGUUACCUAAGUGUAUAUCCCCGCGUCUUGAAUGUAUA